GGGUUCUGCAAUCAGUUGACAUCCUGAUGGCUUGAGUGAGGGCGCGCAAGGGACGACACUGAGACGUAUUUUUAGUCCAACUCUACUCGGUUGUUGGCUCUGUUGUGGGGAAAAAUGUUCAACUUCGGCUAAUUCGUCGAUCCAACACUAUUUGACGCAACUUUAAAAAAUCUACGGAUUGUAGUUCUGCUCGGCAUACUACGCUUCUUACUUUUACUACCAAACUAGUUUAAUUGCAGGAUUAUUUAUGCAAUAGCUGCUGUGACGAAGAAAUUAGCUCGCUAGCCAGCUAAUCUUGUCCUCGACUCAGAUUGCCACAACGUCAACGGCUAUCUUGCAGCAACUGGGACGCACAACCAGGAGAAACAACACACGGAAAAUAUAUUGUUUCUCGGACUGAAUUCUUAUUUGAAGAGUUGUUUAGAGUCCUUCGUCCACGGCUGGUGCUGUUCAGAGUAGCAGUCAAGCCGGGUGGAAGAGCAGUCUGCGGCGGAUGGUAGCUACUUAGGCUACUAGCCACAAGGCCUUGUUGCUGAGGCGACAAUGCUUGAAAUAAUGUCUGAGCAUCAAGAUUCGUUAUUGAAGUGCAAAACUGAGCCUCUGCCUCCAGAGAGGAGAAAGAGGACUGUUGAAGACUUUAACAAGUUCUGCAACUUUGUAUUAGCAUAUGCAGGAUAUAUCCCCAGUCCCAAAGAGGAAAACUCAUGGUCUCCGGCAUCUUCCAGCUCGCCACACAGUUCAGGGGCAUCAGCAGAAGGCGGGGGUGGUUGCAGCGGAGGAGGAGGCAGCUCGAUCGGGGCCACCUGGGGUGAUGGGAGCUCCGACCUGCACACCAUCCACACGUUUGUUCACAAGGCUCGCGCCAACAAGGGAAAGGGCAUGCGCCGCAUGCAUUCGGACAGCACCCUCCUGGACAAGAUGCGCCUCAAAGACUCCCUGUACGAGAGCCAGGCCAGCAGCAAGGCUGAGCGCAAAAAGGACAAAAAAAUGAAAAAGUUGUCUUUGGGCUCGGCCGUGUCGAUGGCAGGGGGCGAGAGCGGGAGUAGCGGAGGGGAGAAAAGGGCUCGCAUCAAACGCAGCAAAAAUCCCAAGCAGCCCAAAGCCCUGAAGAAGCUCAAGAGCUCGGCCACUCAAAGCGAGACAGACUCUGAGACGGGCCACAUUCACGUCGGAGAGCGGUCAGUUCGGGAAGACCUCACUGGGCAUGGCGUCUCCACGCAGGGCAUGCAGGGGCUGGUCAAGAUGCAUGCAGAGGAGUCGACCAGGGAGGCAGAGAUGAGCUCGAGUGAGGGGGAGACCUGGAUCGCAGAUGAGGAUAUCAUGGUAGAGUCUGGUGAUGAUUCUUGGGACCUGAUAACCUGUUACUGCGGGAAGCCAUUUGCAGGAAGGCCAAUGAUUGAAUGCAACCAGUGUGGCAUAUGGGUUCACCUGUCCUGCGCCAAGAUCAAGAAGUCCAACGUUCCUGACAUCUUUUACUGCCACAAGUGCAGGGACACACGACGGUCAGGGCACAAGAAAGACCCUUGAAUAGAGGGAUGUGAAGGACGACCAGGCAGCCCUGCCCUCACACACAUCCCUCUCAAAUGACUUUCAUCCUCUCUUCUCUUUGUCCUCCAACACCCAAGUUCUGUACUGCGAUGCCUACCACUGAUGAAGCCUAAACUUUCACCUGGAUGGCAACAUUUAGUUAUGCCAGUUUCUUUUGACAAUCACAAGCAUUCUCAUUUACUCAUGGUGUUCUGUCUCUGUCUGCCUCUGUGAAAACUGGCCAUGAAACAUGAGAACAAAGUGAGGCGGGUGAUCUCCAUAUCAGUAAAACACAAAUGUAAUUGCCUCUCUUGCUCAGUAUUCUUACUAAAAUGAGACUGGCAUACUGUUUACUGAUUUGAAAUGUUAACUGCACGGAAAUAUCCACUCAUCGUUUUCAUGUUUUGUCCCACCAGAAAGUGCACGAUAAGUUAGAGAAUUAUUUAUUUCAGCAUCGAUGGGCUUAUCUUUGUCUGUCCAAGGAAAUUUAGUAUUUUAUAGUGUACAUCAGAUUUUGUGAAAGCCGUCUUUUAAAUGGUUAUCAAUGCCAUGCUACUGCCACACCAUGCAUAGGUAUAACCGUUUCCCCCUCAUUAUUGUCAGAAAAGAUUAUGCGUUUUGUUUUUGUCCAUACAUUUCUUUAUUAGUGCUAGAUGGGCAGCUCUUGCGAUUGUUCUUGUGGCAGUUGUCACAGAAGCUUGUUUUUGAUUUAUUUUGUAUUUGUCUUUUACCAUACACUCAGUUAGUCACUGAGUCUUAGUCACUCGUAGGAUAAUUUUUUUCCAAUUCAAACAAAUGGCAGAUCAAAUCUGAAUGUUGAAUCAAUUCCAUGUGAACGCACACAGACAGCUGUGCUAGGAUGGUGCACUUUUUUUUAAAUUUUCUUUUUUUUAAGGUGAGCCCAUACCACCACCCUAUUUUGGGGGGUGUAAUUGGAGAGUAGAGUUGACAGUUUUUUCUCUAUCUGCUAAAUGAAUUUAUAAGCAUAAACUAACUACAUUGGUGUCUGCAAGUUUGUGAUGCAGCACUUAUUGUGUCAUUGUCAGGCUUAUCUUACAAUCCAGAUUUCGGAGCCUGCUCACUUUGUUUUCAUGGACUUUUUUUGUGUGUUUUGUUGUUUUUCAUUAUUGAAACUCUUCUAAAUUGAAGACUAGUUUCAUUGUCGUUAGCUAAAUUGUAAAAAAUAAAAAAAAAUAAGGAAAAAAUACAUUCUGUUGGAUAGCCCAGACUUUACCAUGUAGAAGUGGCUCAAAGACUUGCAUGAAUGGUUGUACAAUUUUAUUAUUUCUUUCAUUUGUUUUUAUUUUUACUUUCAGCUUUCUGAAAAGUUAGACAUGCUCCCAAAUCAGAGAAUGAACGUAACAGGAUUGUCAGGAUUGACUCUAAACAGAAGUUGGCUUUGUGUGUACAGAAAAUAAGUUGAUGCCACCGGAGUCAUGGCAUUCUUUUAUGUUUGGUUGGUUUGACCUUGUCAUCCUUUUUUUUUUUUUUUGGGUGGCGGUGGAAGUAGUGUUAUGUUUACUCCCCUAAAAGCAAAUGCACUCUUGCCACCUCCCUCAACUAUCUGUAUAUACCCUGUUCUUUGAUGACUGUAUAUAUGUGAAAGUGAAGAAAGAGAAAACUAGCCAAGCAAAUGUUAUAUUUUCGGCAUAUGAUAUUGUUUUCUUUAACUGUAGCUUGAAAAAUAAAAAAUGUUCAUUCUUGGGGA